AGUAGGGAAAAAAGCCUUGCUUCAGUGGAGUGUAGCGUGAUCCAUGCAGAAUAGGAGCGAGGUAGGUGGGUACUUGGACUCGGCUAACACUAACAGCUGCUCCGCUCUUCAUAACCAAUCAGCAUCCCAUAAAGAUGACGUUUCAGUGUCCUACGUCAGCCCAAUGGCGAUAGAGUAGAGUUGGUGCAAGGGAGUUUGACUGGGAAAUAAGGACUAGCGUGCCCCAUCGCCGCACAGGGACCAGGCACCGGAGAACAUCCGCUCACACCCUCGCCCUCCCAAGCUACUCCGAGGCCGAACAAGUCCUGCAACACCCGGUUAGACUAGAGCUAGCGUCGGGCAGAACACCGGCGACUGGUCUAUAAACGCAGUCCGGAGGAAAAGGAAAACCCCCAAGCUUCAAAACUGUUGCACCACGUUUUUAAAGUGGACCUAACACCGCCUUACUUCUUGGACAUGGGCGAUAUGGGGGAUCCGCCGAAAAAAAAGCGCCUGAUCUCGCUGUGUGUUGGCUGUGGCAAUCAGAUCCAUGACCAGUAUAUUCUGCGGGUCUCUCCGGACCUGGAGUGGCACGCAGCCUGUUUGAAGUGUGCGGAGUGUAACCAGUAUCUGGACGAGUCGUGUACCUGCUUUGUCCGAGACGGGAAGACCUACUGUAAAAGAGACUAUGUCAGGUUAUACGGGAUAAAGUGCGCUAAAUGCAACAUCGGUUUCAGCAAGAAUGACUUCGUGAUGAGAGCGCGCUCCAAGGUGUACCAUAUCGAGUGUUUUCGAUGUGUGGCCUGCAGCCGACAGCUUAUCCCGGGGGACGAGUUCGCUCUGCGGGAGGAUGGCUUGUUCUGCCGGGCCGACCAUGACGUCGUGGAGAGGGCCACAAUGGGCGCCGGCGAUCCCCUUAGUCCUCUUCACCCAGCCAGACCUUUACAAAUGGCAGACCCAAUAUCAGCCAGACAGCCUGCGCUCCGACCGCACGUCCACAAACAACCGGAGAAGACCACUCGCGUCCGGACAGUUCUUAACGAAAAGCAGCUCCACACGUUGCGGACAUGCUACAACGCAAACCCCCGACCCGACGCGCUGAUGAAGGAGCAGCUUGUGGAGAUGACCGGUCUCAGCCCCCGAGUCAUCCGGGUCUGGUUCCAAAACAAGCGCUGCAAGGACAAGAAGAGGAGUAUUCUGAUGAAACAGUUACAGCAGCAGCAGCCCAACGAUAAAACGUUUCUCUGGGACUAUCUGCAGAAUAUCCAGGGAAUGACGGGCACUCCAAUGGUGGCGGCCAGCCCGGAGAGACACGACGGCGGUUUGCAGGCAAACCCAGUGGAAGUGCAGAGUUACCAACCGCCUUGGAAGGUCCUCAGUGACUUCGCGCUGCAGAGUGACAUCGACCAGCCCGCUUUUCAACAACUGGUCAAUUUCUCGGAGGGAGGACCCGGUUCCAACUCAACAGUGAGCGAAGUGGCCUCGAUGUCGUCCCAACUUCCAGACACACCCAACAGCAUGGUCUCGAGCCCUAUAGAGGCGUAGGACCUCUCCGACUGAUUGUAGACGACGUCAGACUUGGUCAUAUUUCUGACGGAUGACGAGGUCGGUGGUGUUAGUUGGGCAAAAGGCGAACUGGCUGAAAACGGAAAAACAUGACUUGGGGUUGAAACAAAAUGUCACUCUCGUUGAUUUCAUUCGACCUGAGAGAGAAUCCUCCUUCUACUGCACGACGCCUCUUUAAAAUGACAAAGCAACCCCUGGUUGUAGUUUUACACUGUGAAGACAAUCAUGGAUUACCUAGAUCCGUCCAUAAAUCCGUAAUACGUCCUUCAGGCCACUCGCUGCAAAACAACCCCGGGGAUGAGGAGGAGAGAGGACGGUGGUGUAGGCUAGAAGAAGACGCGUUUGCAAGGAGCUGGGUAUGGCGCAUUUGCCUGCAUCAUAAAGUGUCUGCGAUUCAUGCGUAACGAGAUGGAUAGCUUUUACUCCUACAUCAACCAUGACUGGUGCUGCAGAUUGGAAAUGCCUGGUUACAGUUUUGCCAAAAAAGAAAACGGAAAACAACACUUUGACAAAACCUUGGACCCAUGGACCUCUAGGAAAAAUAUAAACUUUAUUAUUGAAGAUGAAAUCUUAAAUCUUGGCUACAUUUGCGCAUUAAUGUUUGAAUAUACAAACAAACGACUGUCUGGCGAUUCUGUUUAUAAAAUAGCUUGACCUGAGAUUCUUCCCCAGAUAUGACGACAUUUGGAGGGGAUUGCAAAUAUUGCUUUUCCAUUUUUUUGUUAUUAUCUCCUUAAAAAAAGCCCAACUACUAAAGCAUUGCAACAAGGUAUACCUCUAUUUUGCCACAAGCUUCGUGGGACUAUUGUGUGUGAGUUUGUGUCCGUCCAAUAAUAUUUUACUUUCCCAAAGAUGUGUAUAGUUAUAAGUUAUAGUCUAACGACCGUUAGCUCUGGAAAAAAAAAAGAUUUCUUUUUUUUCCGUUUGUUCCUGUACAACAAAAUUAUUUAUUAUUUAUUGUCGAAAGACUUGCCACUUUUUGUGUAACUUUCUUUACUGAAGUAAAAAAAGAAAAAUAUUGUA